CACAAUAAGACAAUGGAAGAUCAUCGUUGGCAUGUAUUUAUUUUGCUUUUUAUGUUUUUCCGAUCAAAUCUGAGUGCUUCCGAAUAUGACUACAUUAUAGUUGGAGCAGGAUCAUCGGGAGCGACGGUGGCAAAUCGCCUCUCAGAAGAUAAAAUCAAUAAUGUACUGUUGCUAGAAGCUGGGGAUAUUCCCAGUUUGAUGAACGAAAUUCCUGCAUUAGCUGAAAAUUUGCAACAUUCCCGUUUUGACUGGCAAUAUAAAACAGUACCUCAAACUCAUUCUUUCUUGGGUAUGAAGGAUAAGAGAAGCACUUGGAUUCGUGGGAAAGCAUUAGGAGGAAGCAGUUCUAUUAAUAACAUGUUUUAUUUGCGUGGAAAUAAAAAAGAUUAUGAUGAAUGGGCAAAAGCAGGUGCUACUGGAUGGAGUUGGAAAGAAGUUCUUCCAUAUUUUUUGAAAUCUGAAGGAAAUACUGAUCCAAACUUUUUUAAUAAAGAAUACCACAACAGUGAAGGCGAAUUAACUGUAUCGUCUGUAAUUCCAAAUAACACCAUAACAAAUGCCAUUCUGGAAGCAGGAAUACAGUCUGGUUACGAUAUUGUAGAUUUCAAUGGUCCCAAACAAACAGGAUUCGGUCUUCAGCAAGGAACAAUUAGAAAUGGUAAAAGGUGCAGCUCGGAAACAGCAUUUUUACGUUCUGCGGCUGGAAGACCUAAUUUAAAAAUAAUCACGAAAGCCUUCGUUACAGAAAUUUUAAUCAAUUCAGAAAAAGUUGCAACCGGUGUAAAAUUUCACUAUAAAAACGAAAGUAGAAUUGUUAAAGUUAGGAAAGAAAUUAUUAUUUCUGCAGGCGCAAUUAAUACGCCUCAGUUAUUGAUGCUAUCAGGAAUAGGACCAGCUGAACAACUUAAAAGUUUAUCUAUACCAGUUGUUGCUGAUUUACCAGUCGGACACAAUCUUCAGGAUCACAUAGUUGCAGAAGUUCUUUUCUUUUCUGUAAAUAAAACUAUAGAAAAGACUAUUUCUGAAGAUGAUUAUUUAAAAUUUUUAAUUAAUGGAACCGGUCCAUUAGCCACCUUCAAAAACGCUUUAGGAAUGGCUUACAUCAAUUCUCCAUUGAGAUCUCUACAAGAUGAUUGGCCGGAUCUACAGUUACUUUUUACGAAUUCUAGAAUUAGUACAAAAAAAGAUGGAUUAAAAAUGAAACAAGCUUUAGGACUUACAGACGAAGUGUACAAAAACAUUUUCGACCAUUACGAAUCGAUUCCAAAUUUUAUGGUUUCUGUUGCACUUCUAAGACCUUAUAGUAGAGGUUACGUUACUAUUAAGUCGAAAAAUCCUUACGAAGCUCCAAUAAUUAAUCCUCAAUAUCUAACUCAUCCAAAAGAUAUAGAAAUGUUGGUCAACGGAAUGAAGUUUGCUAUAAAACUGUCAAGAACUCCGGCUCUUAUGAAAUUAAAAGCAAGUUUGUUUAGUACCAUCGUUCCGAGAUGCGAAUCCUUCCCACAUUAUAGUGAUCCUUAUUUAGCCUGUGCAGCUCGUGUUUUAAGUAAUACGCAGAAUAAUCCUGUUGGAACCUGUAAAAUGGCAUCUAGGAAUGAUUCCACUGGAGUAGUCGACCCAGAACUAAGAGUUAAAGGAAUUAAAAAACUUAGAGUUGUGGAUGCAUCCAUUAUGCCAACUAUUCCGUCCGGUAAUACCGAUGUAAUAUCUGUAAUGAUAGCUGAAAAAGCAACUGAACUCAUAAAAAGAAGCCAUUUUAACAGACCAACAAAAGCAAGAAUUCCUGAUCCGGUAAUAAUAAAUAGAUACAUUCCUGCUCCUAUAAUUCUUUUAAAACAACCUUUUUACUGGUUCUGAAAUAUCGAUGCAUAUUAUGUGAAAUUAUAUUUGCAUUUAAGGUGUUUUAUAAAAUACAAAUUAAGAUUUAAACGUUAAUUUACGUUAAUAUUUUAUGUAAAUUCAUUAUAUGAUCAUGUGAUAUUACUGGUUUUAUUGAGAGGAAAGCAUGUAUCUAAUCAAUGAAGAAAUAAAAACUUUCUGAAUAUUUA